UCUCUGAAAACACAAACAACAAGAGUAGCGAGCCGACUAGACAUCAACACGCAGCGACCGUAGGAGAGGGGGGAAAUAAUAAAAACAAUAUUUUUAAUCAUUCACAAAAUAUUGAAUGAAUGAAGAUUGUACACAAAAAUAACGUAUUUCAAAAAUAAACAACAUUGCUUCAGAAAGCAGUUUGAAGGGAGGUGGUCAGGAAUCAAAGGUGUCCUCACCUGGAGAGUCUUGGUCAAGCCACGUUUCAGUGGGAGAGAGAACGACGGAAGGAGAGAAAAGAGAGGGAGAGGAGGAGGGAGAGAGUCGCGUCAGCUCCUGGCAGCUGUUCCAGCAGCCUGUUUUCUUCCCUGCGUUUAGAUUUAAAUCGAGAAGGAUCUUUAUUUUUUAAAGUGUGAUAUUACUGCUGUUGUCCUAAUCAUUAUUGUUACUAUCGACAGUGUUUUAUUUAGUUUGUUUCGUCGUUAUUGACUUGACAGUUUAUUCCAAUUUGUUUGUUCUUGUUUUUUAUUUGUACUACUUUUUUUCGGCUGUGAGCAGAAGCUUCUUCCAAACUGUUCUCUUACCCGAACCAGCACUCUAUCCCCUAUACACACUUGAAACAGGCAGCUAUUCUCUAUCUCUAUGUGUGUGUUUUGGGGAGCUCUGUGAUCACAGCUAAAUAAGCACCACUCAGCCUUCUCACCUAAGCCUAACUAAGCCAGUCCUAGCCUGGUCCAGCCUUGUCCAGCCUGGUCCGCUCUUCUGGACAGGAUACUCAGCUCUGUAAAGACAUAAGGAAUAUGACUGCUGAGACACUUAACUUCGGCCCCGAAUGGCUCCGUGCACUAUCCAGUGGGGGGAGUGUGACGUCCCCCCCGCCUUCUCCCGCCAUGCCAAAGUACAAGCUGGCCGAGUAUCGCUACGGCCGAGAGGAGAUGUUAGCACUUUAUAUCAAAGAGAACAAGGCCCCAGAGGACAUGCAGGAUAAGGAGUUUGCUUCUAUUCUGCAAGAUGAGCCCAUGCAGCCACUGGCACUGGAGCCACUCACUGAGGAGGAGCAGAGGAACUUCUCCAUGUCUGUGAACAGUGUGGCUGUGCUGAGGCUCAUGGGUAAAGGAGGGGGAGUUGCCCCAGCGGGCGUGGCCCGAGGCAGAGGCACCACGCGAGGAGGAGGCCGAGGGCGAGGUCGUGGAGAGAGUGGAGGAUUCUACCAAAGAAGUAUUGAGGACGGAGAGGUAGGCUUCGGCCGUGGAGCCAGAGAGAUGCACCGCAGCCAGAGCUGGGAUGACAGGGGCGAGAGGCGUUUUGAGAAGCCUGUGCGUGCCAGGGAGGGGGUACGUGUUGGCUUCGAGGAGGCGACCGGUGUCCCAGUGCCUGGGGUACCGAGGAAGGACUACACACGGUCGGACAGUGAGAACUGGCGUACCCUCCGAGAGGAGCAGGAGGAAGAGGAGGGGGCCGACCCCGGGGGCAGCUGGAGACUGGCCGGAGCACGGAGAUUAGAUGACGGAGGUCCAAGGUCAGCAGGCUGGCGGGAGCACGACUGUCUGGUUGAGGGGCGUCGCAGGAAGUUUGAGUUUGACUUCAGCGGGGGUCGCAGGCGGGCCGGGAGCGAGGGGUUAGAGGACGACAGAGACGGACUGCCUGAGUGGUGCACUGAUGAAGAGGAAGGAGAGAUGGGCACCUUUGACGCUUCUGGGGCCUUCCUCCCCAUAUCCAAGGGUGGAAAGGAGGAGGAAUUUGACUUCCAGGGAAUAGAAGAGGAGGAAGAAGAGGGGGAGAGUGUUUCUGACAUAGAAAGGAUCAUGAAUGGAGGACAGAGAGUAGAUGUAAAGGAAUCCGCUGGGACUAGUCGCUCUUCCUCCUCUUCCUCCUCCUCCUCUCCCCCUGGCCCCCUCUCUGCCCCUCCAGCUCUGGGCCUCAACCCCCCCAUGCCCCAGCUGUCCCUCACCGUGGCUGAGCUGGAGGCCUCUCAGAUGGCCAACAGCCACCCUGUUCCUGUCCCUGUCAAGGCCAGCAAGAUGCCAAGUGAAGUUCUCGAGGCCUCUCCAGCAGGGUGCUCCACCACCCAACAGAGCCCCAGCACCUCCAGUCUGCCUUCACCCCCUCCCUCCUCCUCUGCUGCUAACCACCUCCCCCUGCCACCGGGGGGCGACACCGAGGACGACGAGGGCAUGAAACACCUGCAACAGGAGGCAGAGAAGAUGGUGGCGUCCCUGCAGGACACGUCUUUAGAGGAGGAGAGCUUCACUCAGACGCUGCAGGACGGCAGAAACACAGCGGCAGCACUACCACUCUCCCACGACGCUGCCAUGAAGUGGUUCUACAAGGACCCCCAGGCAGAGAUCCAGGGUCCAUUCACCACCCUGGAGAUGUGUGAGUGGUUCCAGGCGGGCUACUUCUCCAUGUCUCUGCUGGUGAAGAGGGGCUGUGACGAGGGCUUCCAGCCGCUGGGUGACGUCAUCAAGAUGUGGGGACGUGUGCCUUUCGCCCCCGGGCCCUCCCCGCCGCCCCUGCUGGGUAACAUGGAUCAGGACCGUCUGAAGAAGCAGCAGCAACAGGACCUGGCAGCAGCAACCCUCUAUCAACAGCUCCAGCAGCAGCAGCAGCUAUUCCAGCUCAUCAGCAGGUGCGGAGAGCAGGGUAUCUUGCCUUCGGUGAACAGGUCGAUGUCAGUGCCAGAUACAGGGUCCAUGUGGGACAUGCAUACCUCAGCUUCACAGCAAUCAGGCGGUGAAGCCAGUUUAUGGGACUUAACAAUGAAUUCUUCAACUCAGGGUCCAACUCUCGAACAGCUUCAGAAGCUCCAGCUGGAGAGGAGAGAAGCUGAACUCAGGACGAAGCGUGAGGAGGAGGAACAGCGCAAGAGGAGGGAAGAGAAGAGGAGGCAGCAGGAGGAGCAGAAGAGGAGGGAGGAGGAGGAGAUCUUCAGACGCAAACAGUGUCGCCAGCAGCAGGAGCUGAUCAUGAAGCUGCUCCAGCAGGGCUCAGGCUCCGGGGUGGGAUCAGGCUGGGGCACUGGGGCCCUCAACAAGCCAGGGGCCAAGGGCCUCAGUCUGCUGGACAUGCAGGAGGCAGAGAGGCUUCUUAAACAGCAGCAGAGAGCCCAGCAGCAGCAGAGAGAACGUCACCAAGGCCUGUCCAUGGGGGGUUCCUCCAUGGGUCAGUGGGGGGACGGAGGUGCUGUCCCGGGGGGCCUGUGGGGAGGCGGAGGGGGGAUGGAGGGUAAGGCUGGGGGCGGCGGAGGCAUGGGUCUGUGGGACGAGGCGGUGAAGAACCAGACCAGAAGCAGCAGCAUGCAAGGUCUGAAGAACAGCCGCAGCAGCCCCUCACUCAGUGAGCAGUAUAUGCUGAGCUGUAGGAAGCAGCGUACGGAUGAGGAGGACAAGCUGCUGAAGCUGCUGCAGGGCAUCAAGACGCCUCAGGAUGGGUUCACCACCUGGUGUGAACAGAUGCUGCACGCCCUCAACACCCAAGCCAACAACACCUCCUCUCCACUGGACGUGUCCACCAUCGUGGCGUACCUGAAGGAGGUGGAGUCUCCCUACGAGGUCCAUGACUUUAUCCGCUCUUACCUGGGAGACACCAUGGAAGCCAAAGAGUUUGCCAAGCACUUCCUGGAGCGCCGUGCCAAACAGAAACAGAACCUGCAGAGGCAGCAGCAGCAGCUAUCAAAGGAAGUAGCAGGGCUGACCAUGAACAACUUCCCUCUGCCGGACUCCAUGCGGGGGGUGAGCCCCAGCACCCUGCAGUCCAUGUUCCAGGCGGCCCAGAUGGGGAAGGGAGGUCUGUACGACACCCAGGGGGGCAUGAAGAAGAAGAAACAGCCUGUGAUGCUGCACUCUGACCCCAGCAUCUUAGGGUACUCAUACCACAACGCGGGCGAGCGUCUGAGCCUGAAUGAGAUGGAGAUGGUGGAGGAUUACUGAUCCAGAUCUGAUCAGCAGCAGCGGCAAUAGCUACUACCUGAGGCCUUCUGUCUACUAAUCAGACAAACCUGAUGACGAAUGUGCACUGCUAGAGGGGAGAGGGA